UGUAGUUCACGCGAGUCUGUCGCCAUGUUUGGUUAUUUUAUUUGUUUUUAAAGCGGAGUAGCACUAAGACACAGCAAACGCUCCUAGUUUUUAUCUAACGUGAAAUUUUGUUUAAGUUACCUAAAUGACACGAGGAACGCGUUCGCAAUCGUAUAUGAGAUAUAUGUAUAUAUUUUUUUGCCAGUGCAACCAGUGAGAAAUAAUCAAAAAGAGAAAAAAACAAAAUAGCACAAAAAUAGCCUUAAAAAGAAGAUUCGACAGUCGCAGCGGCACCAUUACCAACAACAACAACAUCGCAACAGCGGACAGCGACAGCAACAACAUUUAACUGUAAAACGCCGCAACGCAACGCAAGCAGAGCAGCAAAAAAAGCGCUGAAAAGUGUUACAAAGUGAAAUUGCCUUUUGCGUCACACAGAAAUUAAGUACACGGCAUCAGCAGCAACAACAACAUUUUUUAGUGUGUCGAGUUGCAGCGUAUAAAUUCCAAUUGGAAUUCCCCUGCUGCCUGCAACAGCAACAACAAUAACAAAAUGGGCGACUUUGAUUUAAAUGUCGACAGUCUCAUACAGCGGCUGCUAGAAAAUUUCAAAAACCAAAAAGAGGCCGAAGAGCAUGCACAGAAGCUGCUCAUUGCUCAACAAUUGGCCGCUUCUGGUGGUGUCGGUGGCAUUGGUGCCUCAACGUCAACCUUGGCGUCCCUGGCGUCGUUGGGUGGUGGCGGCGGCGGUGGAGGAGGAGGAGGAGGCGGCGGCGGCGGUGGCGGCUGUGGGACGCCCUCGAGUGCGACGAGUUGCGGAUCCGCAGCAUCCUCGACGACGAACGAUCCGCUGGACGAGCUGACCGAACAGCAGCGUCGCAUGUUGCAACAAUAUUCGAUAUCGCCACCAAGCGAGACGAUGAUAUCGGCCGAUGGCGAUCAAAUAACGGUGCAUCAUCCACGCGAGGAGCCCAAGAAAUCCAGAUUGAAAUUGCGUGAUUUCUUCGUUGCCGAAUUUGUGCGCAGCUGCCGCACCGGAAAACAGGUGCAAAUGACGGAGGCCGAGGUGCGUGGCUUGUGUCUGAAGUCGCGCGAGAUAUUCUUGCAACAGCCGAUACUGCUGGAGCUGGAGGCGCCACUGAUCAUCUGCGGCGACAUCCAUGGCCAGUACACAGAUCUCUUGCGCCUGUUCGAAUACGGCGGCUUCCCGCCCGCCGCCAACUAUUUGUUCCUCGGCGAUUAUGUGGAUCGGGGCAAGCAGUCGCUGGAGACGAUCUGCUUGCUGCUGGCCUACAAGAUCAAAUAUCCGGAGAAUUUCUUUUUGUUACGCGGCAAUCACGAGUGCGCCAGUAUUAAUAGAAUUUAUGGCUUUUACGAUGAGUGCAAGCGUCGCUACAAUGUGAAACUCUGGAAGACCUUCACAGACUGCUUCAACUGUCUGCCCGUCGCCGCGAUCAUUGACGAGAAGAUCUUCUGCUGCCACGGCGGUCUCAGUCCCGAUCUGCAGGGCAUGGAGCAGAUACGCCGUCUGAUGCGUCCCACAGAUGUGCCCGACACUGGGCUGCUCUGCGAUCUGCUGUGGAGUGAUCCCGACAAGGAUGUCCAGGGUUGGGGCGAAAACGAUCGUGGCGUCAGCUUCACCUUUGGCGUUGAUGUUGUAUCAAAGUUCUUGAAUCGACACGAGCUGGACUUGAUUUGUCGUGCACAUCAGGUUGUCGAGGAUGGUUACGAGUUCUUUGCGCGCCGUCAGCUGGUCACACUGUUCUCGGCGCCCAACUAUUGCGGCGAAUUCGAUAAUGCUGGCGGCAUGAUGACCGUGGACGACACGCUCAUGUGCUCAUUCCAGAUCUUGAAACCAUCGGAGAAAAAGGCGAAGUAUUUGUACAGCGGCAUGAACUCAUCCCGGCCGACAACACCGCAGCGCAGCGCCCCAAUGUUGGCGACCAACAAGAAGAAAUAAUAUAUCCAUCCGCUUCCAUUUCCUUAAAGGUUCAACCUCAAAAAAAAAAAACAAAAAAAAAAAACAGCAAAUAACAACAAAAACAAAUACAACAGCAACCGCAAAUAGCAAAACAAAGAAAUAACACGAAAUACAUCAUAAAUAACUUUUAUAUAUUAUACAAAUUAAAAUGUCAAAAUUAAAUGUGUGCAAGUAAUUAACUAGUUGGAAAGCAAAAACAAAGUAAAAAUGCAAAAAAAAAAACAGAAAAAAAUAUGAACAGAUAAAAACAAACAAACAAAA